GAUUUUGCCGCAAGAGACGCACCGAACACCAUGCCCGGUGGCCACCAUGUAUCCAACAGUGCACUCGAACGUUCACUGUCCUUUCAAUCGAACGGAAUAUUGAAUCGAUUGGAUGGUGGAGACACUGCUGCUGCUGGUGGUGGUGGUGGUGGAGCCUGUCGUAGCACAAUCGGUUACCCGGCCGCCAACAGUCAGUCCCGUAACGGAGGAAAUGUUGUGCGAGGAGGAAACACCUGCACAACGCAAUCCCUGCGACAGCUGGACGAACGAGUGUCGUCCGCGUCGUUGCACGAUCUGAUCGAGCUGCUCAAGUACACACCGUCCAAGAAGCAUCGAACCUUUUCAAACGACGCACUGAACAAGUUGGUUGUCGGGGGUGGUGGUGCUGGUGGCAGUGCAAAGAAGUACGGUGCCGGUGGUGUUAGUGGAGGGUUGGGUAAAAAGUCGUUGCCGGAAAUCAAUCCGUCUUUGAACAAUAUCGAUGAGUAUAUCUCGGACUAUGAUAUCGGCAUGAAGGCGACUGCUGGCAGCGGUGGUGGUAUGGGUGCAGCAACGGGCGGCACCAUGGCGAAAUCUUCUUUGGCAACUAUCGCUGGAGACUGUAAGAUAGCGGCCGCAGAGAUUGCGUUCAAGAGUGGAGGGCAUGCAGUCGACAAACCAUUCCGAAAGCUGUACAAGUCUACAUCCGACGAUGGACGCGUCUAUGAGCUACCGAAGUUGCUUGUACGAGAAGAUUCGCCUGUUGAGUCGUUCCUGGGCUCGUACUCCCAACUGGAAACGGUUGCAUUGCGCGGUGAUUCACCGAAAGCGGGCUUCGCCUCUGCAGCUACUCUUAAGGAAAGCGAAGGUGUCCAUUCUACUGACGACGUCACUACCGUCUCGAGUAACGCCGCUCAGAAGGCAGGCGCAGGCAAGAGUCUACUGGAAGUCAGUUUACCGCCAGCGAGUAUCGGUGGUGAGAUCGACGAGGUUACGGCAGAUGAAAAGCUGGCUUCAGAAUCGUUGCUUCAGUUGGCCCAGCUGGCGGUAGAUAGCCGCUCGAACAACAAUAAUGCUAGCAGUGGUGGUGGUGUUCUUCCUGCCACGAUCGGUGGCACCCCGUCCCAUGGAAGUUCCCUUUUCGGUAACGACACCGGUGCGCACGCUUCACUGAUGGCCACGGGGAAUGGAGGCACUGCUGGCACUGCUGCGGCCACCUGGUGUCAUCACUGGAACAACAAUCGACAGAAUAGCUUCCCCUACGCUUCUCAACAACAGCCCCAACAGUACGCUCGCUACCAUUCGGAGCUGGGCAUAAAUGAGCUUGAGCUUAAGUUUGUCCACCCAUCGGAUCUGCAGCGGAUGACGGCGGAUACAGUGAUGGAGCACCGCGUGGAGCGUAUAGCGAACCCAAACAACAGCAUCAACAACAAUAAUAAUAAUAGCAGCGAUCACCAAGGUAGCAGCAGUACGGCAGUCGGUGCCGAAGUUGCCGACCCGUCAGUGAUCGCUAGUGAUAGUACGAAUGUGAUAAAGCUACCCGUCAUCUGUCCCGGUUUGGAGUUGAACACCGAAUGUUGGCUUCAAAUGACGGCAGACGAUGCGAUACGUUUCGGUGCUGAAGAUGAUGAGGAGGAGGAGGAAGACGAGGAUGAGGACGAGGAUGAAGAUGAGGACGAAGAUGAUGAGGAUGAGGAGGAGGAGGGGGAGGAGGACGAGGACGAGGAAAACGAGCUGAGGCGGGAAGCUGGUGUGGAAGAGGAUGAGCAUGAGGUUGGUGUGAGUGCGGAAGAGGAAGAGGCACGUGAACGCAUUUCGUCGUCCUCCUGUUCGUCGAUUCGCCGGCCACGCGCAACGUCCAAUUCUACGAGCUUCAUUCACAGUCACCUGUCCAUCUCCUCCGAUGAGGACGAUCUGUUCAGUGUGGCCGAGCUUGGAGGUGGUGGUAGUGGUGAAAGGGGAGAAGGAACCGUCGGUGGCAGAUCCGCUUCAACGAACGCCCGGUACUACAAAGCCGUCGGUAGCAAAUCGAAAUCGAUCGAUCUGAACGAGUUUCGUAAGGCGUUCGGUAGCAGUCCGACGCUGCUCAAUGCGUUCGGUGCUGCAACGACCAGCUACGGACGGUUAGUGCCACAGCUGUCGCGUCUCGAAACCGUACCCUCACAGUAUCGCCGUGGCUAUACAAACCUCAACGAUGCCUGUCUUUCAAGCUCGACAUCGGAGCUGGAGUGCGUCAGCAAUGGGGCAGCGGCGUCUGCGGCGAAGAAGAAACUAACGACGUUGCUGCCACCGGAUGGAACUAGUGAGAUGUCACCAUUGCUGAAGCAUCGUACCAAUGAGCACAUUGCUUACGUGCGCAGCAAUGAAAAUUUGAAUCGGUAUAAGGCCCUCUUCGCUGCCACGACACCAUCCGUGGCAGCAGGGACCGCCUCACGACGACGCAGUGGUGGUGAUGGUCUGCAGCAGCAGCAGCAGCAGCAGCGUCGCAGUGAAUCCAGCAAUGGUGGUGAUGCGCUAUACCUUCGGCAGCGACAGCAAUCGCUAGGCGGUGGUGGUAGUCGUCAUUUGCCAAGCAUUCGGGACCAUUUGGCCAGCAUAGCGGAUUCGGCGGAGCUGGCCAACACCGGCAGCAACACGAGCAACAGUACGGCGAGUUCGAAUCUGUACGAUGAUGAUAUUGGAGGUGGUGGUGGUGCUGGUGGUGUGGGACGUUGCUUUACCGUUGGUGGUGAUUUCGAGUGUCGCUUCUCGAGACUGAGCUGUUGCUCGGCAAGUGCAGCACCCGGAGAUGGUGGCGCUGAUGCCUCCAAAUCGCUUCUACCACGGUCGGAUUGCAGUCAUCAUCAUCAGCGGGUGAUGGAGGAUACCAACCAACGUAUGCUGUUUGGCGGCCCCAUCGAAGGUGCUGGAAAUGGAAGCUCGACACCAUUGCGCCGUCCAUCGGACUAUUACUUCCCGUCGGAUGAGAGUCUGUUCAAUAUGGACUCAUUCUUCGAUGAUUUCGUCGAGCUGGAUACUAGCGAUAUCUUCGAUAGUGCUGAGUUCAUCAACAUCAACGCACCGAGCUCGCGUCACCAGCAGCAGCAGCAGCAUCAUCCGCACAGUCAGCAACAUCAGCACCUGCACCAUUAUCCGGGUACGAGGAAAAGCGUUUCCAGCUCCGGUCUCUCUCUACCCGACAUACUACAUCAGCAGUCAAGCUAUGGUGAUGCUACGCAAACCUACGAAUACCUGCUAUCGAAGGAUCACCACCAGCAGCACGGUCCCAUGUUGAUGAAUAACGUUCCGUCAUCGCAUCAUCAAAAUAAUACGGUCUCUGACGGAACCAAGCCCGCAUUUCACGCUACUAAUCAUUGCAGCGAUGGCGAGCUGGUACAGUUCUCGUCGCGUAGCCGUACGCUGAUGCAUCAUGCUUUCAGUGACCACCGUGUUGGUAAUAGUGAUAGUAGCGCGAACGGUGACGCAGACGAUGACGAAGAAGACGAGUCGGGUAUUGCUUCCAUCAUACAGCACAUCGACCGGGAGCAGCUAUGUGAAACGGGGUCGACUGCUAGUACCACAACGGCUGCCACGGCUACCAUUAGCAGCACUAUGACGGCGAUCGUCGAUGAGGGCAGAGGAUCGGCGGGGCAGCGACACAAACCUAAGCCACGUGCGGUGUACGAACGUAAACCAUCGGCAUCCUCUUCACCACCGGGCAUAUUGACGUUCCCCGCCGAACCAAGUGUCGGUAAUGCAGGCGACGAGGAAACAGGAAACAGAACAAACGGUGCCGGUUACGAAGUGGCGAAAGAGCAACACUCCACCGAGCAGAUCAAAUCGAAGAAGCUCCGAUGCGCCCAGUGUAACAAGAAGCUUGGCGUCAUCAUGAUCAUGAAGUGUCAUUGCGAGAAGAUCUUCUGUGCGCAGCAUCGGUAUGCCGAGGCACACAAUUGUUCGUACGAUUUCAAGCUACAAGGGCGCAAGCUGCUGGAGCGAGAAAAUCCACUCGUUGUCGCGGAAAAGUUGCCGAAAAUUUAAGACACAAAGAGGAUGCCAGCCGUAACGUAACGCAGCCCGUUGGCGUUGGCUAGUAAGCGAGUGGCCGUUACAUCCGCGAUAAGCGAUACUAUUUUAUUGGAAUUUGAUUUACUAUGUUGCACUAAUUGCAUUACAAAUAACAAUUUAUCAUUGGAAUUUACUUAUAGGAAUCAUUGAUUUUCGGAAGUUAUUUUUGCUUAAUUUGUCAGCAAUGCAGAUAUUAAUCAGUCAGCGUCUAGAUAGCUUUUAACAUUUACGCAUGCUUUACUGAGCGUCUAGCACUGUUUGUGCCCUUUAUUGAUUUUGCACUUCUUCUUCUUCUUCUUCUUCUCAAUAGUUUCCCUAAUUGUACAGAUUUGGUCAUUUGGCCAUCAGCUGUUUUAACUUUAUUUUAUCAGUUAACGGUUUGGCUAAUGUUCGGAAUUAAAAGAGGAACAGUAAAGACAAACAUUACCUGUAAAGAUAGAGCGGAGCAUAACGUUGGCCACCCAAUAAUGGAUCCUUGUGUGUCUGAAGGAUUCAAUGUAAUUGGUGCAAUGGUAUGACGUAGGACGGCGGAGGCGGCCUCCCAAUUCGCCUCUGCCUAAAGAGAAAGACUGUAUUUAAUAAUAGUUCUUAAAAGGCUUUUGUUACCAAUACCGUAGGUAGGACAUAGCUAAGGGCUAGCCAGCUGCAGCAUUGCUGCAUGUCUGUGCGUUCGUUAAGUCUACGUUGCGCUAAGGAUACCGGGUGAUGCGCGAUAUACAAUUUACUUUCCGGUUUACUUGAAAAAAAGAGCAAAAAAAUGCAGAAAAAUGUGCGAUAUGAUGGAAGAUUCAACGCGUAGUUUAUAGUAGAAAUUUCGUAGGGUUUCGUACGAAAAGUGAAAAUACUAGAUGCGCGUUAUUAAUACAGCUGAUUACUAUGGUUACUCUGUGUACUGUAUACUACACACAGGGCAGAAACACCGGGUUUUAACUUAUUAGGUGAGAUAAUGUUUUGGAUUCACUUCACUUUUGAAUAGAGAAGGUAAUGGAGGUAACCAGCAUAUUUCGUUGUAAAAUUCACAUAUUUUUUUCUUAAUAGAAAACGCAGGGUAGCGCAGUUCUUUAUCGUGCGGAUAUCUUAGUCCUAUAUUUUGAAAGGAUCGUUAGAACGCCAAGCAAGAAUAUAGAUUACGCACGUUUUACAGUUGCAUCAUUAAAAAAAACGUAACCAUACGUGAGGUAGUAAAAAAUGUAAAAAAAGGAAAAAAUUACAAAUAAAAAAAAACCGCAGAAGUCCGUUUAUGUCGACGUUCUAGCGGAAAUAAUCAUA